AUGGAUUCCCAGAGGUCUGUCCCCAAUGACAUGGGGGAGGCACUGGAGAAUCCUCCCCACUACAUCGCCGAAUUCUAUAAAUUCUGCGAUGAUAUCAAAAAUUGUGCCUCGAUGGCCCCAAAGUCAGGGGUGCCGACCGAAUAUUUGCUCAGCAUCGUGUCAUAUGCCAAAAGGGUCGUUGAUUGUCUGAUCGAUAAGAAUGCGGCCGCUUCUUAUGGUACUCGUGAAAACUCGACUAUCCUCAGCAAGGUCAAAAUAUUUGGCUACAAUUUUGUUGAUGAUUCCCCUGACUUUGACUUUGACUACGACGAUUCAAUGAGCACUGACGAAAGUGCCAAUGGUGACAGUGAUUAUGAGGUUGACCAGGAAGAGCUCAAUAGCUUGAAGAUUAAAGUCAAUGAGAAGAUGAACCUCGAGUGGAAUGAUAUUUUGAGCAAUGAUGAUGAGUCUCCUGGUGCUCAGAACCCUCUUCCCAACACCGUUUCUCAACCCUCUCACCAUGCCGCUCUCAAUACCUCUCAGAGUGCUGAAGUCACCAAUAUGGAAAAGCCAAAGAAUCCCGUGGAGCAGGUUGGCAUAAAAAGUGAACCCGACACUGCCACCAACGAGCAAAGUUCCGUUCCUGAAGCCCGAGAGUCUUCCAUUUCAAUUCCUGCGACAACAUUCACUAUUCGGUGGAGAAAUUCCGCUUCGCCGUUCAAAUUGUGGCAUAAAGUCUACAUAGGAAGCAUUCCCAUGGGCUCUCGAACUCGUUUUCUCUCUCGAGUCAUGACCUGUAUCAGAACUGCGAUUCUCGCGAUCCAUAACCCGAUGUUGGAUUCUCUUGCCAUUACUGCCCUCGAUGUGAAUGCCGGCACAGGGGAUGUCAGAGUCCACACCCGUUCCCAGCUAGAUCGAAAUCUGCUUCUUCAAACUUCCAGUUCUUGGCUUCCGUAUGUCGAUCGAGGCCAUCUUGCUCAAGUUUGGUCCUCUCAAAGCUCCGAGGAAGUCCAGCAUAUCGAUGAAGCUCAACCUCAGAACACGGAUCAGUCCCACGGCGCACCACGUGUCCUAGCUCCGGCAAUUGAAUUCGAUCUCUAA